GUAUCGUGCUCAAAAUUCUAGUGACAAAUGACAGGCAAUCUGACAAGAAAUAUCAAACAAACAAAUAAAUUAUAUUAUUCAAUAAUAAAAAUUUUCAAAUAGUAAAACCAACAUAAAUAAUAAAUAAAUAUAAUUAUAAACCUUUAAAUAUUGAAAACUGUACCAUUACGUUAUGUUUCAAUAGAAGUGUACUUUAUUCCAAAAAAAUAUCGGAACGAGCAAAAAUGAUACCCCCUGUUGCUCCUGGGCAAACAGAGGAAAAGUUAAACAUGGUUGGAUGGAAAAAUACAUUCAACAUGAGACAGAUAAGUCUGAUGAAUCUUGCUGCUAGUCAAUUGUCUAUGAAAAAUGGGUCAAAGUCAACUAUCCCAUCCUACAGAAGAGCGUACAGUAUUACAAGUCCAACUAAAUCCUUAGAUCUGCUACGAAAGAAUUUACAAAAUGCGAUUAAUAAGGAUAUAGAUAAUGUAUUGAAGAAAUAUGUGGAGAAAUUUUUUCAACCUGCUAUUAAUAAUAUAAGAAACAAUUUGGGUAAAGAUAGUGUAGGGGAGGAACAUAUAAAAGAUGUUUGCAAACAAAUGUUAGAGGAAGCCAAAGUAAUGUAUACAGCGAGCCCAAAUUCCAGAGACAGUUCACCUUAUGAAUAUAGUCACAGUGAAGCAGAAUCUGAAGCUAGCCUUACUGAUCUUAGACUUGGAAGAACAAGUCCUGUUGGUCAUUACAAGAGAAAAGAGGGAGAUAUGGAAAUUGAAUCAGUACCUUCAUUUGCUAUGAUGCCAGCAGUUAAGAGACAUAGAAACAAAACUCAUCACUCAACAGACUACAGCAGCUGCAAGUUGUCUUUGAAAAGAGAUGGCCCUAAAUGGAAUCCAGAUAGAGUUCGGGGAAAUACUUUGUUUAUAAUGGGCGCCAGAGCUAAUAAAGUUUUAGGUUAUGGCCAAACUAGAGGACGUUUGUAUGUUAGACAUCCGAAUUUGGUGAGAUAUUCUGGUGAUCAAGAAGAUAAAGAAUGGUUGGCUUCAAAGAACUUGAUGCCGCCAAGUGGAGGAAAAGCUUAUCUGAUGCUCUUAGAAGACAUAAAAGAAUUGACAGAGAGUGAAGAAUACAGAAAUAGUCCCAAUUUGCAAUUACAUGAGCUGAGAGGUUUUGAAGUUCCUCUAUUUUUAUUGAUAAAAAUAAAAAAUUUUAUUGAAUAUGUGAGAAAUGAGAGAAAAUUAUUGGCAAAUGUUGACAAUUUUGAUGAACAGAAUGAUCAUACCAUUUCUUCUACCCCUCAAAGUAUAUUAGUCGACUCUGCACCAGCUACACCAUCUGAUGCUGCAUUAUUAGUUGAAAGCCAAUCUGAAUUAUCUUUUAAAACAGAUUUUUUGAAUAUGUCAUCAGAUAUGAGCAAUAAUUUAACCAGUUCCGUCAUUUCCAGCAUUCUCUCUGGCCAUUUAUCUAACAUGAAUGGUGCUGAUAAUUCACAAGAAUUUUAAUCUAGUAUCUUUUAGCAGAUUUUAAAAUCAGUAUUUGCAAAAUUCAAAUGUUUAUAUUAAUUUAUAAGAUCAUGUAAAAAUUGGCUUUGUACAUAUUAAUGUUUUAGGAUAUCUGUCAAUGUGAAAAUAUGAUUUUUAUAAAUAUUUCUUGUGGUAACAUGUACAAGAGGACUAAGAUCAAUUAUUUACUGGAAGUAUUUCUAAAAAUUAUGUUCAGAUUAAAAUAAUACCAGGCAAGUUGAUUUUCCAUCAACCUACACAAAAUAUAUAAUAUUUUAUCCUAUGAACAGUGUUUGUGGUAGAUCAUAGGGCAAAAUAUCAGUAUAGCUCGAAAUAAAAAGUACUAAAACUGAAGCAUAGGCGUCUCUAUGUGCGCGUUGUCAUACCAAAGUUAACUAGUAUAAACCUUAAAUAACAACUAUUUCAGCGAAAGCUGAAGUGGUGGGAACGGAGAUUAAAUUAGAAAAAUUUUUUUUUAUAUUUGGUAAUCUAUCAGAUAAAUUUUUAAGUAUAUAUUCCCAUUUGUCAAUUGUACUUUUCUUCGAACAUUCUUUAUCAUCAUUAGUGAAUUAGUGAAUAACCUCAUUUUAGGAAGUGUUGAGAAUCAGUUAUCUCUUCUAAAAUCAAACCAUUUUGUCAUAUAAUUGAAGUUCUUAUCAAUAAAUAGUGAAAAAUAACUGUAUUGAAUGUUUCAGAUGAUAACUUUUCAAUUUCUUGUAACGUCAUUUUUUAUUCAUAAUCAAAGUACUAAUCAGUUUUUGUUCUAAUUUGUUUUUUAAAUUAUCCAUAAUAUUAUACACAUUCAGUAUAGUUACAUCAUUUUCUUCCAGAUUUUAUUAGUUUAUUAAAUAUAUUUAGCAUGUAGCAAGUGAAAGGGUUCAAUAGCUGGAAGUAGAGAUAAGCAACUAGUGCCAAUAUGACGUUUCAUGAAAUUCACUCUCAACUACAGAAACAAAUUUUUUCAAUUAUUCUUUUCUAUAAGCUGAAACUGAAAAAUGAAUAUAUUUCUAGAACAAUAUUUUCUAUGUCUCGAAUCAAGUAGCAUGUUUCAUAGUAUUAUGUGUAUGACAGUUGCCUUUUAUUAGAUUUGGCACUUUUUCUUUAAUAUUUGUAUAUAAUAAGUGAUGAAUCACAGGUUGUAUGAAUCCAUAGACUUUUUAACAGUUUCUAACAUGCCAUCAGAAUAUUCAUUAGAAUGUUAGUAAAAAUCUAACAGUUUGUAUUGGAUUCCAUCAUUUAUUAAAAAAUAUUGCACCAGUUGAUAUAUUUUUUAUUCGAUCCAUCUGUCUGGAGACAGAAAAAUUCUUCAUCAUUUAAAUCAUUGAUAACACUUUCCCCAGAAUAUGGACCUAAUAGUUCAGUUACUAAAGCUUCCAUUUUAGUUCUUACUAUGCGUAUUUUAUUGGCUAUUUUGGAAUUACAUAUAAAAUUUUGUUUAAUUUAUUUAUGGGAUCCAAGAUGAAUUAUGCUUCAUAGUGUGAAAAGUCAAUGCUAAUUCUGAUGCUGUCACAUUCUCAUCAUCACUAGGUCCUGAACACCGUGACUUUGUAUUUGAAGUAAGGAAAUUUUGUAAUGCACCAGAUAUUUUCUUCAUUUCAGCUUUCUUCUUGUGUUUCUGGGUAUUUUGAUACUACUCAAUCUACAGAAGGAAAUAAACAUAAACUGAAACCACCAUCACCAUAUUAAACCAUCACCAUUUUCAAAAUAUUACUGAAUCAUGAAUUUCCUAUUCUUCAAUUGAAUGAUGAAUAUUAAAAUAUUUGUUAAUAUAAUUUUAUGCAAAUACAAUUAUGUGAAUUAAACGAGAAUAUAAAUAUAUUUUAAUUCAGACAAUGAAAAAUAUAUUUUUUCACCAUUAUAAUAACAAGUAACAAUAUUAUUUUUAAAAUAACACAUUUAAUUUGAAAUAUAGAAACUAAUUUCCCAUGCUCGUGUUGAAAAGAUAACGUGAAACUAAAUUUCAAAUAUGCAAAACUAUAAGUCUUUUUAAAACUAUUCAAUACAAAUUCCUAGCAUACCAACUGGAGACUUUUUUGUCAAGAUGUAAUAAAAAAUUAAUGAAUUAGGUUAUGUAAGGUUAAAAAAUGUAAAUCAGAUAACUAUAUUGAAGGAGAAGAAACGUGGCAUUAACAAUACAUGUACACAUUACCAAAUUUACAUACCUAUCCAAUGCCAUUUGAACUGAUUGUAAAAUUCACGUCACAUUACUUUUAUUUUGAAGUUCACUUGUUAUCCAGUUGUAUUGUUUUUCCCAUUCAGGUUUGUACUUUUGUAAGACUUUGGUCAUUUUAGCUUUUUUAGGAGUCAUUGGUGUUGGUGUAUAACUAUCAGGAUCACUCGUCAUUAAUAUUUACUUUAAAAUGGAUUCUUCUAUUAUAAACAAAAACAGCGGACAAUUUUUGUACAAUUUCGUCGUUUGUAACUUGUAACAUAUAUGACAAAUGUCAGAAUGUGUACGUCUUGUCACACUCACAUCACAUCUGACAUCUAACAUUUCGUUCAGUAAUUAUAAAUCGUUUCCAUCAUUGUUUUAACUUAUGUGUGCUAUUAAAUAGUUAAGUGUUUUUUACGCAUCAUAGUAAAGGAUAGAAAUAAAAUAUUUUCGUAUACUUUAUUUAUAUGCAAAAGUAUAGUUACCAAAAAUGAAGUAGGAUACAUUAUUAUAAAGUAUUGUUGGCAACUUGGCAACCCAACGAUUAUUCGGCUUUUUAGAUGAGAGUUACAGAAAUAUAAAGAUAUAUUUUUAAUUUGCUUAAAUGCUCAAUUGAUAUAUAACCGACGAUCAAACAAUUGAACGAAAUCAAAUAAAAUUUUCAAACAGUACUUUCACAAUAAAAUUUUCAUUUCAAUAAGUAACCUUUGUUUUAUUUACUUUUAAAUCAAUAUUAAUUUUCUGUUGUAUUCGUCAUUUUGAAAAAGAAGAUAUUUCUUUUGGAGGAUUUAUUUACUCUCCAGUGGUUGAAAACACUAACAUUCGACGCAUGCGCAAUGGCUGAAAACUUCGUACAACUGGCAAUCGCUCAUCUGAUAAAUAUUUACUUACCUUACCUUAAAUAUUUAACAGCCAGCACCCCUUAUUUGUGACCUGAUUCAAUUAGGCAACCAUAUAUGACAAUAAAUAGAAACAAAAUUAUCUUUAAUUUGAUAUAUAAUUUAUAAAUGUACGUUAUGAACGUAUAAAUUUAUCGAAAUCUUAUUUGUUUACACCGUUCUGCGAAGAGAUGCGCAACGGCAACCAUGAUUUUUUAGAAUCUUCAUAUGGAUUGCCGUUAUUAAAGCAAUAUUUUAUUUAAAAAACAAGAUUUUUUCCCGAAAAUCUACUGAAAAUAAUUUAAUUAAAAAUACUAGCUACCAAAUUUUUAGAGGCAACUUGGUAGAUGUAUAAAAAUUCAUAACAAUUUUGUAUUUAGUAAAAAAAACGAUAAGCACACUAAUAGAUUACAGGAGUACUUUCGUCACACACUACCAUUGUUAGCGUAGGUCAGGGAUUACUUUCCAAAGUUUUAACUCUGUUGACGAUAAUUUAUUUGUUUAGUAAUUUGUGAUUUUUUGGUAAAUUCUUUGAUAAAUUUUGCAAAAAAUACUUUCUGGCACAAAACAUUACCAUUUUAUACAAUAGUAAACUAAUUAAACACUUUUUAAAUAACCUUAAAGAACACACGCUACCUCACGAACUUUAUUUGGAAAGUGCACUAUAAAAAUAUGACGGCCAUGACGUUACCUCAGGUUGUUCAUUCUGCAGUCGGACCUUACACUAUAUAUAUUAUAUAAAAGACAUUUGUAUUUGAAUAGAUGUAAUAUAUAUUUUUAAAUAAAAUAAAUAAUCGAA